UGCCGCUGCCGGAAAUUCAUGUUAACUAUUUUUUUGGUGCGUCUACAUCAGAAUCUCAUAAGCCUGCAGUCAAUUUGUCAGUUUAUUGAGACAUCCAACUUGCAUGAGUUGAUCAACAAGCCCAUCCCUGGUUCCUGAUGGAGGCAUCAUCUUCCUUGCAUUUCCAAGUUUCUGGUUUUAGUUUGUCCAAGAUAUGGCUAUGCCUUUUUCUGGUACUCGUUCUUCAGAACUGCAGCCCAGCACUUUCAGAUUCACCAUAUUUGGUCGGUAUGGGGAGCUAUGACAUAACAGGGCCAGCAACAGACGUUAACAUGAUGGGAUAUGCAAAUGCUGAGCAGAUUGCAUCAAGAAUUCACUUUAGGCUAAAGGCUCGUGCCUUUAUCGUUGCUGAGCCUAACGGCAAGCGUGUCGUGUUUGUAAAUCUUGAUGCUUGCAUGGCAUCACAGCUUGUUACUAUAAAGGUGCUUGAAAGGCUUAAAGCAAUGUAUGGAGACCUUUAUAAUGAGAAUAAUGUGGCUAUCAGUGGAAUCCAUACGCAUGCUGGUCCUGGUGGUUAUCUGCAGUAGUCUUCUUCGGCUCCUGGUGUACUUCUAAUGUUUGUUUAUUUGGUCAAUAGUCAUUCUG